CUAAACCACAAAGGCGUCCGAAUCUCCAAAUUCUCACCUAAUUUCAAUUUCCCCUCUCUCAACACCCAAAACUGUCACCACCAGGGAUCAUCUGCAACUCAAAUGUUAUUCAACCCGCAGAAUCCUCACUCCUUACUCGUUACGAACUGACCCUCUCACCCUUAGUGAGCUCAUUGAUCUUCGGUAGUCUCGCCAAUGCCUUACUUGGGAUUAUCGUCGUCACCACCAGCGUCAUCUGCUUGUGCCACCCACAUGCUGGUGCUCUGAUACAUACGCAACAACUCCACGCCAAAGUCCGCGAUACGCUGGUAGUCGCAAGCCUGUCGCAAACUAGCAUUGAUUUGGACCAUCAAUCUAGCAAGCCGCGACAUGUCCCGCUCAAGACUCAGUGGUCUAGACGUUGAUACAUCAAUCCCUUUUGAUAUUGUUCUCGUUGGACAAAGCUGCCCACUUUAUGUUCGACCGUUGCCACCUGGAAAAUAAGGAUGUGAGGCCUCACAACCACAGGACCAACACCAACCUGGCACGAUGAGUCAGGCACCUAUGGGAUACCAACUUGGACGAGGCCGACCAGUCAUCGUAUGCUUCAUCCAUUUUUGGAAGCUGCCUUGAUUUAUCUGAUCUCACGCCCAAUAAGUGCACACUAUUUGGAAACAGAGAUGUUCACUGGACUGUUAGCGACUUGAACGGUAGCAGCCUGACGCCUGUUGAGUCCUAAGAGCCAGGGUCGGCCAAGUCACUACUCUGUGCACGUCACGGACUUGAACGUGGAAAAUCCUGGCAGAUGAUACGGAUCCUCCAAUAAGCAAAGUUGGCUUAUAAUCCAGAGACUGUGAACAAGAUCACGAGAUCCUAUCGGAAUGCAUCUGCAAAGGAUCCAUAGACGCGGCCCGCACAGCCUCAUGCCUAACUAUGCUAUCUUCAAGCGAAGAUCAGAAAAGGCAACGAAUACGAUUAAUGGGCGGACACACAAGCAAGUCUACUUGCGUGCUGUUAGUCGUCGUCGUAGCCUUGCAAUUCCCCACGCCUCCAUUAUGCGACGCCACCCAAAGAGGCACGGCGCGUGAGUCACGAUUUUUAACGCUUCCACAUAAGUCCAAGGACUUUGUUUAUUAUGGGACCUGCCGUAUCGAGUCAUCGUUACCCGUCGUCUGCCUGGAGUAACAGUCAAAUACUAAUAAAGUCGUGUUCGCAACAAAGUUUCGCCCAACAAUUCGGAUCCGUCGGCGCCACAAUACUUUCUUUUGCUGAGCCACGCACACGCGAUGUCACGUGCUGACUCUGACUAAUCCUUGAUUUCCAGUACUCCACCUUGUUCUACCCAUUGCCUUCCGCUUUUUCAUACCAGAAUUUUCAGGCUUCCAACCUUCAAGCUUCAUUCAUCAUAACCAACCCGAACUGAGCGAGCAGUCAUCGGCAUAGCGAUUUGCAAUCACGCCUCCUCUACCAUUCAACACCAACUCUCGCCUACGGUUCUCUAUAAAGCGCAUUCUCGCUCCCCGACCAUAAGCAACGCUUUUAAUUCACGCGCCUCUCGAUUACAAACUCCUGCGACCGCGAUUGUUGCGUCGCCUUCCAAUUGUCGCAAAGCAAUAUCAGUCACUUACAGGCACUAUGAGUGUCGCAUUCGAGCCUCGUAACUUUAUCCAUGAUGGGAGCUAUCCUCCCAUCGGUGACGACCACGAUCAUGGUGCGGAUCAAAGAUUUACAGACAGCGAUGUCGCCGAGCAACUCAGUCAUUACACAACCGAAGCAUCCAUGCUCCCGGAUACCACAGGCGUUCUUGGAGAUGAUAGAGGGAUGAUGCCGGAGGAUGCUGCUGCUGUUCAGGAAGCAACCCGACUCGAUCUAGGACCCCACACGUUCCCGUCCCCGAUCGAGGACGCUAUGCAAGCACCAUCACUCGACCCUCUACCCGAUGACAAAGAUCUUUCCCCGAGUAUCGAAUCUCCUCCUCCUUCGUCUUCUCGAGUGAAGUCCAUUCCAAAGCCCGAGAGAGAUGCUGUCAAGGGCGCCGACGGCAAGUUUCACUGUACCUUGGACGAUUGCAAGGAAGAAGUCCGAGUAUUUUCGCGCAAAUGCGAGUGGAACAAGCACAUGGACAAGCAUGAACGGCCGUACCGAUGCCCUGCCGAGGGGUGCGAAAAUCUCCCUGGUUUCACAUACUCGGGCGGUUUGCUUCGGCAUGAACGAGAGGUUCAUGGCAAACAUGGAGGGCCCAAGAAUACGGUCAACUGUCCUCAUCCUAACUGUAAGCGACACACCGGCAAGGGAUUCUCAAGACAAGAGAACCUGAACGAGCACCUACGUCGGGUUCAUACCAAUCCUGAUGGAUCUACUCCUACCGAAAUCGUUCAAUCACCCGGCGACAACGACAGCGAAAAGACGGGCAUGAAGCGCAAACGCCACUCGAGCGAGCAGGCCACUGAGGAGUUGACCGAACUCAGGGAAGAAGUCAAACGCUUGAAGGAGGAGAAUGAGAAGCUGAGGGCCGAGAUGAACCAAAACUCCCAACAUUCUCUGUCUAUGAUGGCCCAGAUCGCCGAGUUGCAGGACGCUCUGCGUGAAGGUCUCGGACAUACCCUGGGAGCUCCCACUGCACAGAUGAUCUAGGAUCCAAUCUUGCCUUUGGCAGUCCCCAAUUUCAGUGGACCAUAAGCAGGAGAUCAAUGUCUGAUGAGCAUCACUACAAGCGGUCUGGGCCAGGCCAAGCUCUGGUACCCUCAGGUUUCAUUCCUUGACAGCUUCAUCUGCUUUCACUCAACAUAUGCACACUCCACUCGGCGUUCGGCUUUAUGCAUGGUGCUCAUGUCUCACAUCAAGUAUGAGUCCUGGUAUGACUCUUUACACUUUUACUCUCAAUUUUUCUGGCACGGCGUUUAUUCCAAGGUACUGGAACUGAAAGAAAUGAUAUCCCCCUCCUGUUUGAUACACAAAUACAAUGCACACGCACACUUCACAUGAUCAAUGAAAGAAUGGCAGAUGGAUUAGGGGCUAUGAAACGGGACGGUAUACCAAGGAGUAUACAUGAGAAAUGAACCAAAGGUGUCUGACGGUUGAGCUUUUUUAUCUGUAAUACCCCCUGUAAUAUACCAGAUGGAUGUUAUGCGCAUCCCUUUUCUUCUCAGAUGAGUGCUAUUAGAGUUCUCAUGUUUCAAAACCAAGUUCCUCGUCCUCUAAACUUCCCCUAUGGACUUUUUUCUGUGCUUGUGAUGCUAUGACUCUUGAUUUCCGGAA